UACAACUUUUUAACGAAGAACUAAAAACAAAGCCACGUUUAGUCCAACACAUUAAAACAACGAUAACAUGAAAGUCUUCAGAUUCUACAAGUCUCGUUGGUCGUGACGUAUCUAAAGAUAUUCUGACGUAUUUAAAGACUGUUUUAAGAGGUGUGAGCCGGUUUGUUGAUCUGGAAGUAAGGCCUAAAAUAUAUCUUUGUUAGUUUGUCGUUUGACAGUCUUUUUUUUCCUUGUUGACGCACGUGUUAAGUACAUUUAUUACACGGACUUUGACUGACAGCAUGCAACAACUAACAUGUUUUGAUUUAUUCCAGUUGACUUUCACUAUGUCUUCAGAUGAGGAUUUCUCUUUGGUGAUGGACGACCAGAAGCCGUCCAAGGACAGCUUGCAGCAAAUCAAGGCUUCAAUCACCAACUACAAGAAAAGACAUGAACAGCUGAUCCAGGAGCAGCAGGAGCUGGCCGCCAGCAGAGACGACCAGCGAGACAUGACUCAGAAAUGCAAGCAGCGCUCCGACAAACUGAUCCAGGAUCUGGAAGAGUACCAGCGCUCAUACGAAGCGCAGAUUGAGAAGGAAAAGUCUCGGGUGAUCUCGAUGAAGCAGGAGGAGAGCGGGUUGAUGAAGGAGAUCCAGAGAAUUGAGGAAGCUCUGAAGAAGGAAGAGGCCAAAAACGACCAUCUGCAACAGCAGGCUGACGUGUUCACUGCUGUACCUGAGAGGCCGGUGGUCUUCAGGGGCUCGUCAGGAAGCAAAGCCGACACAUUUGAAAUGAAGCCUCGUGUAGUUUACCCGAUGGAGGGCGGCACGGCACUGAUUCGAUUUGAUGAGAAAAUAGUGGCCGAUAACAUCCUGGACAUUCAGAAGCACCGGGUGGCUCUGGGAUCAGACUGCAGGAUUACUGUGGAGGCCCGGCCAGUUCAGCUGAUGCUGCCCUGGCUGGUGGAGAUUGACUCUGAGGUGAGUCCUCAGCACAUAUUGAUCUCCAACCUGCCCAAGAUGGAUACUGACAUGCUGCUGUCCAAGCUGGAGAUCCACUUCUCCAAGAAAAGAAACGGAGGCGGGGAGGUGGACAAAUGUGAACUGCUGCCUGACUCUGAGCAUGUGGUUAUCACCUUUGUGGAGAAAGACAUUGCCAGAGGUUUGACAGAGAAAGAGCACCAUGAGGUGGAGCUCCAAAAGAAGAAGCACAGAGUCAGGGUGACUCCUUUUCUCAACGGAAAGAUUACAAACUUAGAGACCAAGAUGGCGGUUUGUCCUCGGACGGUACUGCUGACGGGAAUACCCGACGUCAUGGAGCAGGAGUUCCUGCAGGAUAUGCUGGAAAUCCACUUCCAGAAAAGAGACAAUGGCGGAGGAGAGAUCGAAGGCUUCCUCUACAACCCGCUGGAUCAGCACACCUCGGCCCUGUUUGAGGGCGUCUCCACAGCGCGAGAGGAGUGAGAUGUACACUUAUCACCUCUCAGGUUCAGGGUGAGAUCAUCUGAUGCAAGGACAGGAUCCAUGCAUCAUCUCGUACUCUGUUUUGUAACCUGACGGGAGUUUAAAUAAUUUAGUACAAAGUAAUGUUCUAAAUUAUGUGUAAAACUGCCAGACGUAUUUUCUCGAGAACAAAAUCUCUCAACUCCCGUCGCUACUGUUUAUCAAUUCUGAAUUUUAAAACUUAAACUAUAUUCAUACGUAAAGGAUUUAAGUCUCGUUAAUCAAAAAUAGAAAUCAAUGUCAAAUACAGUGAUUAUAAUGUUGUAAUUAUCUCAUUGAUCAACAAGGAAACCUUUUGCAGUUUUAUUACAUACAAAUGUAAAUAGCCUGCUGUAACACAUUGUCUGAGUGUAAUUAAACUGUUGAUAAAUAA